AUGUAUGUGAAAUGGUUUGGUACAGUAAUGUUUUACUAUGUGAUUUUGGUGUAUUUAGUGAAUGUCACUUUUUGUGAUUUUCAAAUUUUCCACCGUUCUGUCCCCGUAUGUCCCGACCUGGCAGAGGACAAAACCCAGAUGACAGAUGCCGGCAUCGGCCGGAGGACAUUACAGGGGACACUGCAGGAGGGACAUCGCGGGAGCGCAGGACAAGGUAAGUGAUCGAAGGAUCGCAGAGCAGUGCCGCAUGGUAAGCCCGAGUGUAGCUCGGGGUUACCGCUUGUGGUACUGAAACUUUACCCCGAGCUACACUCGGGAAUACCUCCAGGGAGGUUAA